AGAUAAUAAGCAUAAAACAAAGUCACUUUCUAUAGGAAUGAGUGAUUUAACCCCACAAAUUUUUAACUCAUGCAUAUCAAAAAGAAAGAUUCUUGUAUAUAACAUAACACUACUGUUACUCUCUCACUUACCUAUUCUCACUAACAAACUCUGAACAAACCAAAAAAAACUCUUCUUUUUUCUAUCUUUCACGCGUUGAAGAUUCUUGAUUUUCUUUCUUCUCCUUCCUUACACGACCACUGAUAUGUGUCGGUGACUGAAACCAUCUGUUCUCUUUUGCCUCUGAUUUAUCGAUAUGUUUUAAAGAAAAACGGUGUUUGAAACUUUUGUAAUUUAAGGUUCAUCAAAUACUCAGAUCUUGUCUGAGAAAUUAAGCUGAAAUCUGAUAAAUGGGUUUGUUUAAAUUCAUCUUCUUGUUAUCUCUUCUAUGGAGUUUCUACAGUUUAGGCUCAUCUCAGCUACAAGCUUCACAAGCACAAGUUCUUCUUCAGCUGAAAAAACACUUAGAAUAUCCACAACAGCUAGAAUCUUGGUAUGAUCACAGAACCAAUUUCUGCUACUUACAAGCAACACCAUCGAUGAACAUCACUUGUUUCUCUAAUUCAGUCUCAGAGCUAAACAUCUUCGGUGAUAAGUCAUCAGAAAAAGCCAAAAGCUUUGAUGGUUUUGCUAUCUCUAAUGUUACUUUAUCUGAUGGAUUCUCCAUUGAAUCAUUUGUCACUACACUGUCAAGGCUAAAAUCUCUUAGGGUUCUUACUCUGGCUUCUCUAGGGAUUUGGGGUCGUCUCCCUGAGAAACUUCAUCGUUUAUCUUCACUUGAGUAUUUGGAUUUGAGCAAUAACUUUCUGUUUGGUUCAGUACCACCUAAGUUGUCUACAAUGGUAAAGCUUGAAACUUUCAGAUUUGAUCAUAACUUCUUCAAUGGCACAUUACCUAGCUGGUUUGAUUCGUAUUGGUAUCUCAAAGUUCUUAGCUUUAAAAGUAAUAAGCUAUCAGGAGAGCUACAUUCUUCAUUACUCUCGUUGUCAACAAUCGAGUAUAUCGAUUUGAGAGCGAAUUCUCUGAGUGGUUCACUUCCGGAUGAUCUGAAAUGUGGAAGCAAACUCUGGUUUAUCGACAUUUCCGACAAUAAGUUAACCGGAAAACUUCCUCGUUGCUUAAGCAGCAAGCAAGAUAUUGCGUUGAGAUUCAAUGGAAACUGUUUAUCUCUAGAGAAACAGCAACAUCCAGAAUCUUUUUGUGUUAAAGAAGUUCGCGCUGCGGCUAAAGCUGAAGCAAAAGCAGAAGCAGAGGCUGCAAAUGAAUCAGGAAAAAGAAAAUGGAAGAAAGGAGCUUUAAUCGGCUUAAUCGUUGGUAUAUCAAUGUCGGUAUUGGUUUUAGUCUGCUGUGUAUUUAUCUUGCUCAGAAGAAAAGGAGUAACAAAGAAGCAUGUCCACCAUAAUACUGUCCAAGAUAAUCAUCCAACUACUGGAUUUUCUUCCGAGAUACUCUCAAACGCAAGGUACAUUUCUGAAACAUCCAAGUUUGGUUCAGAGGAUUUACCGGUAUGUAGACAGUUUAGCUUAGAAGAGAUAGUUAAAGCUACAAAGAACUUCGAUAAGACUAUGAUACUCGGUGAAAGCUCCUUAUAUGGCACGCUUUACAAAGGAAAUCUUGAGAAUGGAACAAAAGUGGCAAUAAGAUGCUUACCUUCAUCGAAGAAAUACUCGAUAAGGAAUCUUAAACUGCGGUUGGAUUUGCUCGCAAAGCUUAGACACCCGAAUCUUGUCUGCUUGUUGGGUCAUUGCAUAGAUUGUGGAGGAAAAGAUGAUUACAGCGUUGAGAAAGUCUUUUUGAUUUAUGAGUACAUUCCAAAUGGAAACUUCCAAUCUUGUCUCUCAGAUAAUAGUUCAGGUAAGGGUAUGAAUUGGUCAGAGAGGCUUAAUGUUCUCACAGGUGUUGCAAAAGCUGUUCAUUUUCUUCACACUGGAGUUAUUCCUGGAUUCUUCAGCAAUAGACUCAAGACUAACAACGUUUUGCUUAACCAACAUCGGUUUGCGAAGCUGAGUGAUUAUGGUUUGUCCAUUGUCUCUGAAGCAACCAGACAUAACACAGAAAUCGCAAAAUCAUGGCAAAUGUCAAGGCUAGAAGACGAUGUUUACAGCUUUGGAUUGAUUCUUCUACAAUCAAUCGUUGGACCAUCUGUAUCCGCAAGAGAAGAAGCAUUUCUACGAGACGAACUGGCAUCGUUGGAGAGCGAAGAAGGGAGGAGAAGAAUGGUGAAUCCGACAGUACAAGCCACUUGUCGAAACGGAUCACUGAUAAGAGUGAUAACUCUGAUGAACAAAUGUGUUUCACCUGAAUCUUUAAGCCGACCGUCCUUCGAAGAUAUCUUGUGGAAUUUACAGUAUGCUUCUCAGUUGCAAGCUGCUUCUGAUGGUGACCAGUGUUAAUAUAUUCAUAGCUUCUUCUUCUCUUAGUAAAAAAUUCAAACGAACUUUUUAAUGCUUUAAAGAUUCGUGUAAUGUGUGUGUACGAAAAUCCCCUGUUAUUUAUGUAACGAUUGGGAAAAAUGGAAAUUAAUAACAUUAACUCCUUUACUUAAUCCCAAAAAGUGAGUGGCAAUAAAUGUAAAUUAAUGUAAGUUUCAGGGUAAAGUUUGUCCACGAGAUCAAAAAAGCUCCGACC